CGAAAUGGCUGAAAAUAGCUUUAACAAACAUUUAUAAAAGUAUGGAUAUUUGUUGGUGCAUGGGUGCUGCAUGGUGAUAUAUGUCAACUGUCACUUUGACAAAUUUAAGCAGAAAGAGAAGUAGUGAGGUUAUCUUGUCAAAAUUGUAUUUAGUUAUCUUUCAUUUCAAAAACCACUCGGAAAAUCUUAAAUUAAAUACCGAUUUUAUAAAUCUAAUUAUUUGUAACUUUGAGUUGAAUGUGAUUAAGUUGUGUUCAAUCGUUAUGAUUUUAUUUCCGAAGCAAAACAUGUUGACCAAAGUACAAAAUUAAUGUUUUUAUCAGUUUUGUAAUUAUAUUCCAGUAACAUUAAUUUUAAUUUUUUUACAUCAUAUAGGAGAACAAGUAUGUUUGUUUCAAGUCAUAAUAUUACACUUUUCUUAAAUAAACAUAAACUGCACACAAGGCCUCAUGCAGGACACGGUCUUUGGCUUAUGUUUCUGCUGCCUGCAGCUUUAAUUACUUCUGCGGCUGCACAUCCAGUCAUGUCCUCUUCUACAUAUAAACUAUCUUCGAUUUUUUCAGUAGGUUUACUGUUUUCAUCAUUAAUAUUUCUGUACGAAAGUUCAAAAACUGUAAGACUGAAAGUUACAAAUGUUUGGUUGAUACUGGCUUGUUGCAUAGUGGCAGGACUGCUCCAAAUAUGCCUUCAUAGAGGCCUACUGUUUUCAUUCUGGAGUGCCAUCGUAUCUACUGUACUAUAUCAUAGUCUAUAUUUCUCAGUUUUGAAAAAUAUGCCAAACUGUUUUUCAUUGGGUGAGGCAGCUAUUUGCUGCCAAAGUUACAUUUUAUUGUUGUAUUUUACUGUAAUAAAUAUUUUGAAUAAUAUUAUAAGGCCAGCAACAAGUAUGAUGCAAAUGUCUACUUUAACAAUACAGGUUGGCCUCAUUGGAUUAUCAGCAAUUAUUUUCAUAUCGUACCAAUUUGGUAUUAAAAAUCCUCUAAAGUUUUAUAUUUUAACUGGGUUAAUUUUUGCAUUUGUUGUUGUUGUACCUCUACAAAUUUUGUUGAAAACUAAUCCUUUAUUGUGGAUUUUAACCCUGUUUUGGGAGGAUCUUCAGAGAAAUAAAGUUCUUGUGUACUGGGUACUGUUUAGUCUAGUGGCAGUCGUGUUUGUAAACCGGCGAAUAAAAAGGGCCAAAAAAGCGAGCACAAUUGGACGAAAAAUUUUCCAUUUUUUAAUUAUAGCAGUUUUUAUACCAGGCCUUUUAUACAAUUGUUGUCUUUUGUACCUAGCAAGUGGUGUAAUUCUGGGAAUAUUUUUUAUGUUAGAAGUUCUUAGGGUAUUGAACAUUCCACCGUUGGCAGAGGCUCUACAAAAUGGUCUUGUUGUAUUUGGUGAUGAAAAAGAUACGGGCAUUAUCGCGUUUACACCUAUGUAUCUAUUAGCCGGGUGUUCUCUACCUUUGUGGAUUCAUCCGGCACCUUGUGAUGUGACCAAUUCAGCAGUUUUUAAUUUGUUACCGCUUUUGAGUGGUGUUCUGAGUAUAGGAGUGGGAGAUACAGCUGCCAGCAUUGUAGGCUCAAAAUUUGGAACCCAUCAUUGGAGAGGGUCGCGGAAGACUGUAGAAGGAACUGUUGCAUGCAUUGGCAGCCAGUUGCUAGCCAUUUUUCUAUUCGUAUUUUGUGAUUUUAUAAAAUUAUCCAAUAUGGACUACGUGAAGACUGCUUUAGCUAUUAUAAUUGGAGCUAUAACUGAGGCAAAAACUGAUCAAGUUGAUAACUUGGUGUUACCGUUUAUUAUGUACAUAAUUCUGAUUGUGUAAUGUAAUAAUUUAUUAGUAGUUGCAAAAUGGAGACUAAUAUGUUCCAUGACUGAGUAAAUAUAACUUGCCAAAUUUAA